CAGCUGCGGUACCUGUCUGCUGCAUUAAUGCUCAGAGAAUUUAACCGUGUCGUUUCGGGAUGACGUCGCUCGCCAAACGUUGUAGUAACAUUUUGUUCACUUGCAGUUCUGUUUUUUAUUUCCUUCUCACUACGCAGCUGUAAAGCCAAACACUAGCACAAGUUAGCUCGUAUGAAUUAGUGUUGUUAGUACCAGGUUAACAGAAGUGUGUGUUUAGAGUUGUGUACUGUGUACGGGCAGUUCAACCUGAAAGCCACCAUGGUACUGAACCCGGUCAUUUCCAAGCUUGCUGGUAAGCUAGUUGUGUUGGCCAGUGCUUCUCCGAGGAGACUGGAGAUUCUGCGCAGUGCGGGGUUACGAUUUGAGGUUGUACCAUCCUGGUUUAAGGAAACCCUCAAUAAAGGGCUUUUCAAAUCACCUCAUGAGUAUGCUGUUGAGACAGCCAAGCAGAAGGCCUUGGAGGUAGCCAGGAGGAUGCCAUUUAAACACCUGAAGACUCCAGAUAUAGUUAUCGGGGCCGACACAAUUGUGAGUGUAGAUGGCAUGAUUCUGGAGAAACCAUUGGACAAACAUGAUGCUUAUAGGAUGCUGUCAAGUUUGAGUGGUAAAGAGCACAGUGUGUUCACUGGUGUAGCUAUCGUCCUCUGCCAUGAAAAGGAAAAUGAAGAAGUCGAUUACCAGCUGAUUGAAUUCCACGAAGAAACUAAAGUGAAGUUUGCUGAUCUCUCAGAAGAAAUGCUGUGGGAGUACAUUAAUAGCGGUGAACCCAUGGACAAGGCUGGUGGCUAUGGCAUUCAGGCUCUGGGUGGCAUGCUGGUAGAGUAUGUCCAUGGAGACUUUCUCAAUGUUGUGGGUUUCCCUCUCAACCACUUCUGCAAACAGCUAGACCUUAUUUACAAUUUUUCUACUUCCUCUUUGGACCAGAAAAGUGAGCCUGUCCCUCUGGCUCAGCCUAGCCACAAGUCUUCAGACAAACACAACUCCCCAUCCAUUCCCAGACCAAGCAGCCCCUAUGGUUGUCAAACACAUCAUACCCAGAUCAGCCCCACAGCCAGUCCUGUCCAUAAGGUGAAAAGAAAAGACAAUGAAAGUGAAGUGAGUGAAAGUUCCAGGACAUUGGUCAACAGCUUGUCUAAACAUACAGAUGACGGGGAGGCCAAGCUCCAUGAGAAUGCAACAUUUCCAAGAGAGCAGGUGAUUGAACCUAAAAAAAGAGAUUUGGAGAAAAUCUGUGAACUGAUGGAUGGAUUCAAAGCCUCAAAGGCACUGUUUACAGCAUCCAAGUUGUGUUUGUUUGACCUGCUGCACAGCAGGCCUGGGCUGGAUGCAGCACAGGUGGCCCAAGAGAUUAAAGCAUCUGCGAAGGGGACUGGAUGUCUGCUGGAAGCCUGUGUAUCUCUGGGACUGUUGAAGAGCGUAGAGAAAACAUGCCAAAAGCCAGUGUAUGAGAACACCAAACUGGCCACGGAUUUUUUGCGGUCAGAUGCCCCCUUUUCGCUGCACGGAUACAUCCAGCACUGUAACGAAACCAUUUGGCCCCUCUUCUCCCACCUUGAGAGUGCUGUGCAGGAGGGGACCAGCCAGCGUGAGAAGGCCUUUGGCAAGGAAACUUCCUCCAACAGUCGGGAAGGCAAACUGAGAUUCAUGAAGGCCAUGCACAACAUUGCAAACAUUACAGGAAAAACUGUAGCAACAGCAUUUAACCUCCGUGAUUAUAAAACAGCCUGUGACAUUGGAGGGUGCACUGGUGCCAUGGCUUAUGAGUUCACCAAAGCGCAUCGUGGGUUGUCUGUAAUAGUGUUUGACUUGCCCGCUGUUGUCGAGUUGAAUGAAUUUUUCCGACCACAGCACACAGAAAACAGGGUGUCAUUUGUAGCAGGAGAUUUUUUUAAAGAUGAAUUGCCCAAAGCAGACUUGUAUAUCCUGGCGAGAAUUCUUCAUGACUUGCCUGAUGAGAAAGUGCAUAUUCUACUGAGUAAGAUCGCAGAUGCAUGCACUUCAGGCUGUGGACUCCUGCUAAGCGAGAUCUUCCUGGAUGAAGGCAGAAGGGCCCCCAGUCGCGGGCUGCUGCAGGCCCUUAGCAUGAGCGAGGGGAAACAGAGGAGCGCAGCUGAAUAUAGCCUGCUUUUGAAGAGCCACGGUUUCAUCACAACACAUACCAGACAUACAGACAACCUCCUGGAUGCCAUGCUGUGCAUCAAAGCUUGAUUGGCUUGCAGUAUGCGGUUUAGUGUAUGCAUUAGGUAAAAUCAACAAAGGACAGUUUGUUUUGGGGGUUUUUGUGAUUUCUUUAAAAUAGCAACAAAACUUGUCUUUGUUUUAAAAUGUUUUAUAUUUGUGCUCUUUACAGACAUUAAAUCACAAUUGUUUUUUACAAUCAAAUGUAAAAGGUGAAUCUCUGAACUGUUAAGCAAACACUAAAGUUUGGUGAUGCUUUCCUAUCCAUUAAAAAUCAUUUAAACUUUGCAAACAAAAUCAUCACGGUUUUCAUUCAUUUAAACACAAUA